AUGGGCAAUACAACAAAUAGCAAUAGUGCACCACCAUCACCUACUGGAAGGGUAAUAGAUAGACAAAAUUCUGCAACAAAACAAAUUCAUAUUAGUACAAAUCAUGCUGAUGGAUUUUAUUUUACUGGUGAGCGUUUAACUGGUACAGUUAAAAUUCCAACAUCAUUUUUACAUUAUCAUCUAUACAAUAAAAGUCCUCGAACAUCAAUAGAUUUAUUUAAUACACGAUCAUUACGUAAUCCUAUUAUUAUUGAACUUGUUGGAGAUGCAACUUACUCAGCUGAAGUUGAUGCUGCUGCUGAUAGUGAUGGUCAUGCAACACACAAAGUUAAUCUAUGUCGACAACGUUCUAUUGUUACAAUAAAUCAAAAUAAAAUUGAAACAGAGUCAACAGUUAGUCUAUUUUCAUCAUUAGAUACUGAAUUAAUACCUACAAAUUCAUCAUCUGUUCUUAAUGGUACAUUCCAAUUAUAUAUUCCCGAUGGUCUUCCACCAUCAUUAUCAAAUAAUCGUGCACCAUCAGUAGUUUAUACAUUAGAAUUAAGAUUAUCAUCAAGUCGUUAUCGUUAUCAAAUACCAAUAACACUCAACACGCGAGGUUCUAUACUUCAUACAAUAACUGAUAUUGAAUUAAGUGAUAGUGCUAUUAAUAGAAAUGAUAUUUGUUUACGAGCUUAUUUAUCACGAAACAUUUAUCGACCUGGUGAACAAAUUCCAGUUCGAAUAAACUAUUCGAAUCCUCAACAACGUUUUGUUCGUUCAAUAACAAUUCGACUUGUACAAUUUUAUCGUAUACAUAACGAUCAAAAUCGUUCAAUUUUAGAUGGAAAAGAAUGGACAUUUGAUAUUCUAACAAUGUUACCACCACGACAAUGGACUGGUGAAGCACAUUUACAAUUACCUAGUCAACCAUUACAAGCAUCAUAUUCAACAAAUUCUGUUGGUACAACACAAAGAAUUGAAUGUGAAUUAGAUUAUCGAAUAUUAAUUAAUCUUAAUGAAAAGAAAGGAGAUGAUAUUAAUCUAACACUAGCACCAAUUCAAGUAACUUAUCAAAAAUAA